UCAACAAACAGCUGCACGGGACCAGUACAUGAACAAGAAGUCACCAGUCACCCACAGCAUCCGUGAUCUGAAGACAAGACAGACAGGAGACAGAAAACUAUACUGAAGAUUUGACAGAAGCAUAUAGAAAGAGGUAAAAGAGAUUAAAGAUUAAAGUUUAAAGAGUCCAGCCCCUGAGCCAUGAGUACGUUUGGGUACUGCAGGGAGUUGAAGAAGUAUGAGGAGGUGGAUGAAGACGAGCUGCUGGCCACGCUGUCCUCCCAGGAGCUCCAGGAGCUGGAGAGGGAACUGGCCGACCUUGACCCCGACGACAACGUGCCCAUUGGUCUGAGGCAGAAAGAUCAGACCACCAAAACCCCAACGGGGACAUUUGACAGGGACGCUCUGCUGAAAUACUGCGAGGAUGAGAAUAAGAAGCUGCCGGAGGACGAGACUGAGGAGUCCAAAGAAAGACAGGAGGGAAGGCCAGAUACGAGCGGCGCGGAAAGAGUGUCAGCAACCAGCAGCAACACCGGAAAGACUCUGGACAACGACAGAAAGAAGGCCUCAAACAAGGACAAGAAAACACAAAGAGCUUCCGGCAAAAAUGAGACAACGUUAAAAGAGUUGGAGAAGAAAGAUGGGCACAAAAAGGAGGCUCCUUCAAAUAGGAGUAAAUGCUCUCAAAAGAACGGUCUGUCAAAAGGUUUGAAAGGUGAACUGAGGACUGAAACCACAGACCAAAACCCAGACACGACCUCAGAGAGACCGAGUGGGAACCCUAUUGUUAUCGACACAGUUCUGGAGCAGAUCCUGGGAGACGACCCCACCGUGAACGACGUCAACCUCAACAACAUCGAAGACGUCUCCCAGGAGACCUUGCUCCGUUUCGCUGAAGCCUUGAGCACAAACACUCACGUGCAUGUCUUCAGUCUUGCUAAUACCCGCGCUGACGACCGGGUUGCCUUUGCCAUCUCCAAGAUGCUCUGCGAGAACUGCUCCAUCAGGAACCUGAACAUCGAGUCCAACUUCGUGUCGGGUCGAGGCAUCCUCGCUCUGCUGGCAGCGCUGAAGCACAACAAGACGCUGGUGGAGCUUCGUUUCCACAACCAGAGGCACAUCUGUGGGGGUAAAGUGGAGAUGGAGAUGGUCCAGCUGCUGCGGGAAAACACUACUCUACUCAAGCUCGGCUACCAGUUUGACCUCCCAGGCCCGAGGAUGACAGCGACCAGCAUCCUGACGCGCAACCAGGACCAGCAGAGGCAGCGGAGGCUGCAAGAAAAACAACAACAGGGUCCUCCUGAGGUGUCGGGACAAGUUUCUAGUCCAUCUGCAGAAAAGAGAACAUCAAAAAAGCUGUCACUAUCGUCCAAGACUGCUGAAAAGAAGAAAAACAUAAACUCCCUACCUGCACCUCUGGAGCCGCCGUCACAGAAGAUCACUGAGAUGGCCAAACAACGCGAAGCCUCAAACACCACAAAGGGUCAGUGGAACCAGAAGAAACCCAAGACAAAGAAGCUCAAGAACGGUGCCAAUGAAAAGGAGAGCGCCGACAUCCUGAAAGACCUGAGGAAUGCGCUGAAACCGUCGGGGCACAAAAGACAAGCGGAGCCAUCUCACCUGCCGCCGCCACAGAGGUCGAGCCGGGAUGACUUGAUGGCUGCAAUACGUGGAAGCAGCAUCCAGGCCUUGAAACGGGUGGAUCUUCCUCAGACUGAAGGAACUCACUGAACUCAUUGCUGCAUCAUAAUCUGAACUCUUCUCCUCACUUUGUUGAAAUAUUGGAUUUGCGUUUCACACUGAAUCUCACUUCUUUCUUUCUCUUUUUUUAUAAGCCGUAUCUUGUUGAACGUGUCCACACCGUGAAGCAGCAGACUGCACCUCUUACAUGCGUCUGAUGUUACUGUAUUUUGUUUAAGUGUGACUCCUACUGUGAAUACUGAUGUGCAGAGGAAUAAAAGACUUUGUUGAAGACUGGA